AAAAUUCAAAGCUGAGACAUGUAGAAAAAGAUGUUUUGAUUCCACAAAUAAUGAGGGAUCGAGCCAAGGAGCUGUGUUCAGAUAAGGUGCAAGCAUUUACCAAAUGCUGUCAAGAAACUGGUAUUCUGAUGGUGGUGAAGUGUCGGCAGGAGAACACAGCACUGAAGGACUGUCUGGUUGGCUACUAUUCUGAUCCAUCAUUCUAUGAAGAAUGCAAAGCAGAAUAUUUGAAGCAAAGAGAAGAAUACAGAGCAACUGGAAUUAAGAAAAAAAGACAGAAGUUUACUCCGCAUGUGUGAUUAAAACUUAAAAUGAACUUUUUUUAAUAUGCAAUUUGGAAUUAACUUGAUUUAAACAGACUUAAAUUGUCUGUACCACUCUGUGUGGAGUUUAACUGAAAUACACAAAAUGAGAUGAAUGGAGAAUAAAAUAAUGUCUGAAAUGAAGAGUCAGUUUUAAAAUUUUUCAUAAUUAAAGAUCUAGAGCAUGCUGUCAGGGUUUGCAAGAGAGGUUGCAAAGGUAUGUUCCUGUGUCUGGACUUGAGAUUUUGAUACCAGUGUACAAUUUGGAGUUUGCAAUUCCAGAAUGUCCAUUUGGAAUUUAAAGCCUAUAUCUAGCUACAUGAGCCAAGCUAGAUAAAAACUUAAGCGUGAAUAACUUAAAUUGUAUUAACUGAUCACAGGUUGGGUAUACACUGAAGCUGGCCUGUUAGUCAUCACCUGAAGCUGACUGUGUAUGGAGAUGCACUUACCUAGAAAAAAAGGGUGGCAAAUGAAGAAGAGCUACACAGACCAAUGUGAAUUACCGUUUUCAUCAAAAUGUUGUCACAUGAGAGCCUGGUAGUACUUGUGUCUGCACUGUAACUCAUUUUUAUAUCUAUAAUGUGAUCACUUUAAAGCCUACACUGUCAGAAGGGAUGGAUGACUUGUGCUUGUGCGUGGCCCAGACUGGCCAUUUAAACUCUAGAGGAGAAAGUAAUCUCAUCCAGCCCUUCCUUGAGAACAGGGAAGAAGCUGCCAUGCUUUAGGACUGAAUGAGUGACCACACUUGCAAAAUUAUUCCAGGUAGAGGUGAGUAAACAACUAAACCAGGCAUGGAAGAUGCAGAUCCCCUCUUGCAGGAACUAAGCACAUCCCUAAUUUAAAAAGCACACACAUGAUCUUUUGUGUACUGGUACUUAAAUCUGCUUAACUGUAGAAUUCUCAAAUGCUUAAAUUGCUUCACUAGAGAUACUAAUAUAAAGUAUCAUCCAAGCAUUCUGAAAUAAAACUAAAUUCUUGAAAGCAAGGAAAGGCUGUACUUAAACUUGGUAACUUUAAUACCCCGAUUAAAGAAGAAAAAAAAAAUUUCUGAGUAAGGAGUAGGAUUUGAUACUGUUCCAUUAAAAGAGGCAACAUUGUACUUGUUUAUUUUAAUACUGUUUCACCACAAACAGCAUUCCCCUAUUCAGGGAGGAAACUGACACUUGUAUAUGAAGGACUUAAUGCUGCAGGUUAGUAAUUGCCCUUUAUUCUGUGCCUUUUACUGGAAUAAUCAUUAAUAAUGUUGCUUCAGCAGAUUGGGUGGAGGACUGUACUUGUGAGUGACAAACUGAAAAGAUGUGUAGCAUUCUGCCUUGUUAGCCAAACUUUAGCAGCACUCAGCUCUAAAGCUAACCACCUUGAAAUAGCUCAUGUGGAACAGGGUCCUACACAUGGUCUCAUGCUUCUAAGCAUUUUGGAAAACAAAAAUAUUCCUCAUGAGCUGUUUUGCUGUAUGUAUUUUAAAAAGAAGGAAAUUUAAGGUAGAUGGUGACAUGUUUUUAAUGACAGUGACUGUUCUUUUGUCCCACUAUGAAAAUCUGCUGUAUUUUCAACCUCUAGAAAGCCAGCCUAGGUGUUAGAAAGUGUUGGCAAAAGCCCUUUCCCAGAAGUUUGGGGUGGGAGUGAGCAUUCUCUUAGGGGCAGUGCUGGGUACUGUGGUGUGUGUCUGCACUGAGGGCUCACCUGGGUCAUACUCAGCUAUGACUCAGACCUGAGUCAGACAACAGCACCAGCAAUGGAGGUCUCCUUUCCUAGCUCAGCAGAAAUUGUGUGCAGCAGGUGAGGGGAGCCCCCAGUGCAGUGACAAGGACUGUAGGGGAGGAAUGGAUGUGUGAAAUGGAACAAGCUCAGGUGAACCUGCAGGUAUCACUCCCCACCCUUCAAUACAGGCUGUAUGUGAACAGCAGCCACAACUCACAUCUGCACUGAUGUCACACCUGAAAUUCAUGUACUGAAUGGUGCUGUCAGCCAUUUGUUUCUCUUUUCCUUCAUCUGGAUUGUUUGGGCUCCUCUGUUUACUCUGGUAUGCACUUAGAGCAGGGAUUGACCUUUGGAUCAUGCAUCAGCUUCCUCCAUAAUGCACCUCUGUGUAUUAAUGUCAUGUUCCCUAGCUUUGAAUUCUUGGUUUCACACCUUUCAUUUUCUUGUAUCUUGUGCAUAUGCUAUACUUGAAUUGCAAUUACAUCUUUUAUUUAAAGUUUAAAUGAAAGAUUGAGUACCAUGACAUGACAAACUCAUACCACUGCAUUACUUUCAGUUUUGGUUUUGUCUCAGCUGUAAACUCUUCCUCCUACUCAGGUUAACUGGAGACAGCCCUGGAGUCUAAUCAGUGUAAGGAAACACAGGGGCCUAUCUGUCCUCUCCAGAGUCCUUGGCAGGCACCCAAGACACCCCCAUUUUUCACUGGAAGCUGCACUCUCUGGCUGUAUUAAAGGUCUCUUCAAACUCCUGAGGGGAGGCCCCUACAAAUGGAACAUCUGAGAGGAAAGAGGGAGAAGGUGUCAUAUACUUAUUUAAAACUUUGCCUUCAGAGAGUAAAACUGAAACUUGGUGGGAAGAUGAAGGGCAGUUUGUAAUGCACAGGGUUUUCAAAGGGCAGUAGAACAGCCACUGCAGUCUGAGACAUCACCUAGAAAUUAAGCUGCAAGCCAGAAACCUGUUCAGCUCUCCACAUUUAGUACAGCCAUACUCCACCUCAGGUAAUUUCUGCAAGUAAUUCCUCCAUCCUGUUUACUCUGCUGAUAAAAAAAUGGUCAGAUAAACUUGCAAUGAACAUUUCCACCUAGUUAAAAAUUGGUUCAGUAACAGUAAGCACUUGGGUGUUUCUGGCAAGCUUCUCCCUAGAUCAAACAGCUAUACUCAAAUAUGAUCAUCUCACCACUUUAAUUACUGUAUCUUAAUGUUUGACUUGCUCUCUUCUAUCUUAAAAUACAAU